AUGACAGCGGCCACGAGAUGGAUCGAGCUCAGGGGCUACCUCACCAAAACCAUCUCAGUCAGACAAUUGAGCACGCCCGAAUACACGCGAGCCACCUCGCUCGUCGCAGGGGCCUGCCUCUGUAGCCACGCCUCCGCGCAGACCCUCCACGACCACCUCAAAGUCUUCAUCACCAAUGCAGUAUUAGACAUCGCGGCCGAGGCAUCGCGAGUCCCACAGGAGGCCCUGCUGCAUUUCUACUGCAGCCAAUGGAACCAGUUCGAAGUCCGAAUCGAUAUAUGCAACAAUAUCUUCUUCCGCCUGAAUAAAUGGUGCCAGUCGGUCCCCUAUUUGCAUCCGCGGGAUACCAGUAGGCCAGCUGGGGUUGAUGGGCCUCCUGAGGCCGGCAAGCUAGGUCUUGGAUUGUGGACGACCUGGGUUCUGGAGCCCUUGGUGCCACGGCUGCUGAACCUCCUGCGAGGGGCACCAGGAGCGGUCGACAAUUUGGAUGGUGGCUUCUUCGAUCACUUGUACACGAUGCUUCCUGGCCUGAAGGCAUUUGGCAUGCUAAACAAAAAGGAGCGGGGUUUCGUCACAGCGUUUGCCAAUCAACUUGAGCUCCUCUGGCAAACAUAUCAAUCAACGAGUUGA